AUGACCUUUCCAGCUCGUGUCUCAUUAUCAAAUGUGCAUUACAAAGGUUCAGAAUUAUACAGCCAGAAUUGGCUGGAUAUUUUGUCUCUUCCUAAAACAUUAGAGAUAUUAGAAAUUCCAGAAAUCUUUCUUUAUCGUCAUGAAGAUUUAUCCAAAAAAGAAAUGCAACAAUUGCCAAUUGGACUUAAAUCAUUGCAAACUAGACCAAUUUAUCAAACUGACAUACUGAUGGUUGUUGAUUUUACAAUGAGUGAUUUUUACCAACUUCAAGAAUUGCAUCUUGGUUUUACGAAACCGUUGUCCAUUCUGGAUAUUCCUACUACUUUAUCAACACUAACUAUGUAUAAUUUGUCCAAAUUUGAUUUUAAUGAGUUGACUAAAUUGCACAACCUUAACAAACUAAAUAUUAAAUAUGAUUUGUCAAAAACCGGGUUUUCAUUCAACCUUCCAGAUUCUCUAAGGACUUUAGCUUUAGAAAAUUGUGGUCUAUCCAAGAUUAAUAUUACUAGCCCAGGAGUAAUACACUUGCACUUGGCUUGGAAUAAUUUUAAAUCCAUUGGAGAGGAUAAUUUUGUUAUUCCAAAUACAGUUAGAGAGUUGCUGCUUGAACAUAAUGCCAUUUCAAAAGUUACCAGAAUCGAUUCAAAGAAUUUGGAAAUUUUAAGAUUAGAUAGUAACAAGUUAGUAACAGUCUGUGGUCUUCCCAAAAAUCUCAAAAAAUUGUCACUUAGUCGUAAUCGAUUAGGAAUAUCCAAAAAAUCAUUGGUUUUCCCCAAAGAAUUAGAACAUUUGGUUUUAUCUGAAAAUGAAAUCGAUAUUGAAUGGUUAAUCCUGCUGAAUUUAUUGGAAUGUACAAAGUUGAAAUCUUUGUUCCUUAACAAGAAUAACUUACUUUCCUUUGAUACUGCUUGUUUACCAAAAUCUUUAACGAUAUUAGAUUUAUCCUCCAAUAAAAUUAAAACUUUGGUGGGUGAUUUUUCAAACACAAAUCUUGCAAAAUUAUACUUGCAACAUAAUCAUUUAAGGAAUUCAUUUUCCAAUAGGAAGGAACAAAAGGUAUUUUUCGGUUCUUCCAUUAGAUUUGUGGAUGUCACUUAUAAUCAUUUACUGAAAUAUGACGUGGCAGGAAUAUUGGAUGACUUAUCUAACAAACCAAAAUUUGAUAUCCUUAAUGUUGAGCAAAGGUUAUGUGUUGAUUUGCCGGAUCCAUAUAAAGAGCAAGCAAGAAAAGUUCGCAAGUUGAAUCAUUAA